CUGUCAUCCAUCAUAACAUCUCCGACAGCCUGGUCGUGCAGCCCCCAGAUUCGUACGCGAAGGUUGGCAGUCUGGGGACCCUGGUAGCCUAGGCUGUUGUUCCUUUACUGGACCUCCACUAAGAAUUGCUGGAGCUCGUCACACCGCCAAUCAAAGUUGCCAAUUGCAUGCUUGGGAAAUUUUGACCUGUCGUUCGAUAUCAGCUUAAGCUUUACGGUAGCAACACCAAACCUCGAGCCGCGAUCGUCAUAUCGAGUCACCAAACAGUCUCUACACCGAAAAUACCGAUCCAGCUACUAUUCCAUCAAAAUGUCGGCGAAACAAUCGAUGCAACUAUUCCGGGCUCUGCGUAUGUCGCAGCCUACUCUCCGCCAGCCCAUCAACCGAGUCUCUGUCUGCCGAUUCUACUCAACAUCUACCGAAGAUGCGCCCCCUCCCCUGCUGUCCAAGCUCAAGGCCGAUCUCAAGACCGCCAUGCGUGCCAAGGAUACCCCUCGUCUGACCGUUCUCCGAGCUAUCAUGUCCGCCAACCUCAACGCUUCCAAGACCUCUACUCCCAUCAAGACAGAUGUCCAGCUUGUUGCUUUGAUCCGCAAGAUCCAAAAGAGCUCUCAAGAUGCUGCCGCUGAGGCCAAGGCUGCCAACCGUAAGGAUCUUGUUCAGAAGGAAGAGGAUCAGAUCAAGGUGCUGGACGAGUACCUUGCCAACAGCGGAGUCGAGAGCUUGACCGAGGCUCAGCUCAAGGCUAUGGUGCAGGAUGCUGUUGAGGCUUCAAAGGCUGCUGGCACCCAAGCCAAGUCUAUCAUGGGCGAUGUCAUGAAGAGAUUGUCUGGUGCUCUCGAGGGCAAGGACGUCGACAGAAAGGAGUUGGCCAAGAUGGUCAAGGAGCUCACUGGCUAAAGUAUUGGAUGUAUAUAUAAAUGCAUGGUGUAAAGUAUGUAUACUAUAGUGUGGGCUGGCAUUACGAUUGUCAUGAAAUCAAUGAAAUAUCUACCUCUUGCGCGCGAAUAUUGAGCUUCAGCCUCCUCGAAUUGGUCAAGCGACCCCACCCCCAGCAAACAAUAGGAAUAGCCUGGUGUAAGUGACUCACGACACCUCCUAUAUCUUCCCUCACCUUUGCACCUUUCUUUUUCUUCACGUUGUAUUUUUAU